UUACUCUGUUACCUUGUUACCUUGUUACCAUGUUACUCUGUUACCUUGUUACCUUGUUACCUUGUUACUCUGUUACCUUGUUACCUUGUUACCUUGUUACCUUGUUACCUUGUUACUCUGUUACCUUGUUACCUUGUUACCUUCUUACUCUGUUACCUUGUUACUUUGUUACCUUGUUACCUUGUUACUCUGUUACUCUGUUACCUUGUUACCUUGUUACUCUGUUACCUUGUUACCUUGUUACUCUGUCACCUUGUCACCUUGUUACUCUGUUACCAUGUUACCUUGUUACCUUGUUACUCUGUUACCUUUUACCUUGUUACUCUGUUACCUUGUUACCUUGUUACUCUGUUACCUUGUUACUCUGUUACCUUGUUACCUUGUUACUCUGUUACCUUGUUACCUUGUUACUCUGUUACCUUGUCACCUUGUUACUCUGUUACCAUGUUACCUUGUUACCUUGUUACUCUGUUACCUUUUACCUUGUUACUCUGUUACCUUGUUACCUUGUUACUCUUUUACCUUGUUACCUUGUCACCUUGUUACUCUGUUACCAUGUUACCUUGUUACCUUGUUACUCUGUUACCUUGUUACCUUGUUACUCUGUUACCUUGUUACUCUGUUACCUUGUUACCUUGUUACUCUGUUACCUUGUUACCUUGUUACUCUGUUACCUUGUUACCUUGUUACUCUGUUACCUUGUUACCUUGUUACUCUGUUACCUUGUUACCUUGUUACUCUGUUACCUUGUUACCUUGUUAGUCUGUUACCUUGUUACCUUGUUACUCUGUUACCUUGUUACCUUGUUACUCUGUUACCUUGUUACUCUGUUACCUUGUUACCUUGUUACCUUGUUACCUUGUUACCUUGUUACUCUGUUACCUUGUUACCUUGUUACCUUGUUACCUUGUUACCUUGUUACCUUGUUACUCUGUUACCUUGUUACCUUGUUACUCUGUUACCUUGUCACCUUGUUACUCUGUUACCAUGUUACCUUGUUACCUUGUUACUCUGUUACCUUUUACCUUGUUACUCUGUUACCUUGUUACCUUGUUACUCUGUUACCUUGUUACUCUGUUACCUUGUUACCUUGUUACUCUGUUACCUUGUUACCUUGUUACUCUGUUACCUUGUCACCUUGUUACUCUGUUACCUUGUUACCUUGUUACUCUGUUACCUUGUUACCUUGUUACUCUGUUACCUUGUUACCUUGUUACCUUGUUACUCUGUUACCUUGUUACUCUGUUACCUUGUUACUCUGUUACCUUGUUACCUUGUCACUCUGUUACCUUGUUACCUUGUUACUCUGUUACCUUGUUACCUUGUUACUCUGUUACCUUGUUACUCUGUUACCUUGUUACCUUGUUACCUUGUUACCUUGUUACCUUGUUACUCUGUUACCUUGUUACUCUGUUACCUUGUUACCUUGUUACCCUGUUACCUUGUUACCUUGUUACUCUGUUACCUUGUUACCUUGUCACUCUGUUACCUUGUUACCUUGUUACUCUGUUACCUUGUUACCUUGUUACUCUGUUACCUUGUUACUCUGUUACCUUGUUACCUUGUUACCUUGUUACCUUGUUACCUUGUUACUCUGUUACCUUGUUACUCUGUUACCUUGUUACCUUGUUACUCUGUUACCUUGUCACCUUGUUACUCUGUUACCAUGUUACCUUGUUACCUUGUUACUCUGUUACCU